GAUGAAGAGGCAGGAGGCAGAGCAGGAGGUAGCAGAGAUGAAGAUGUUGAGGUUCUCUUUGGGAGUGACAAGGAUGGAUAAAAUCAGAAAUGAAUACAUCAGAGGAACAGUUCAUGUCAGAGGAGAGACACUGAAUACAUCGGUAGAAGGAUGAUGAGGAUGGACCUGCCAGGAAAGAGACCUAGAGGAGGACCAAAGAGGAGAUUUAUGGAUGAAGUGAAAGAUGACAUGAAGGCAGUUGGUAUCAGAGAAGAAGAUGCGGAGGAAAGGGUUACAUGGAGACGGAUGACUCGCUGUGGCGACCCCUACGGGAAAAAGCUGAAAGGAAAAGGAAAAGAAGAAUGCUACUUAAAGAUUUUGUUGUUGUUGUUUGUUUGUUGUUGGGUUUUUUUGCCAACCACCAAACAAAGAAGGAGGACAAAGAAGCUUCCGAUGACUGGGGGGCCUAAAGACGCUUCCCUUACAUAGAUUUGCGUUAGACUCGGACAAGGCCCUCUGUCUUCCGGCCCGACCACACUCCGCUCCACAAUGAUCCAGUCCUUUUUAUCCCUUAUCCCUUCGCGGUUCCAACGCUGUGAUUGGAUGCUGACUGCUUGUCAGGAAGAAAGGAGUGUUGUGUUGAGGCCGAAAACAGGACCACAAGCAAUAAUUAUACAAUAUUGGGUGAUUUGUUAAUAAAUGGUGGAAGGGCAGGAUCCCUGCGGUCAGACCAGACAGACUGCUGUUUCCCUCACCACUCUGCGUCGCUCUCUACGGGUCACAGUGUUCCAAACCUGACGCUGCCUUAACCACACAUGAUCGGGGUGCCGUGCGGCGACACAGACCGAAGCUUAUCUUAGCCCUUUAUCCUUCCUAUAGCACACAACACGAUCCAGCUUUUGGUUCCGGUAACCUGAGGCUGUCGAACCUAGGAAACACUGACACAUGGAGCAGCACAGAGUGGAGCCACCAUGUCGCCUGCUUGAAAAUAGAUCCGGUGCUGAAACUGCAUAACGGCGUUUAGAAGCUGGUUUCCGUUUUCUCUAAAAUCAACCUGUUCAACCCUCCGCAUCAGUAAAAAUGUUACAAUGGGAGAAAAAUUGUGAGAAAUCAAGUGGACAAAAUAUGCUCCACAGAGGUCAAAUUACCUCUCAACACUGACUUCAAUUCAGAAGAUGCUGGGAAUAUUUCGUGGACGAAGGAAGUUCCUGGCAGCCUCUCUUGUCUUGCUUUUCAUCCCCACACUCACCUGGCUUUACCUGUCAAUUGGAAAUUUUCAAGUGAAGCCCCUACGCCUAUCUUCAUUGGAAGCACAGUCACCUCCACCACUGGGUGAUGCUAAUGCACGGCUGGCCUUGGAGCUGAGGAUCCGAGCGGUGGAAGAGGAAAACAGGGCCCUGCGCCAGGAGCUCAGUCGUCCUCUCAGGAACUCGUCUGCUUCCUAUACAAACAUCACAAGCAAAGGAAACCAAAGCCGAACUCAUUUAGAAGAAGGCACCAGUAACAAUGAUGGACAAAAGAAUGCUGCUGUGGGGAACAACUCCAACUGUUUACAACAUCAGUUAGUGGAUAAGUGUGAGACUAUCCAUGUGGCCAUCGUAUGUGCAGGUUACAACGCAAGUCGAGAUGUUGUAACAUUGGUGAAAUCUGUCCUUUUCCACAGACGGAAUGCUCUUCAUUUCCAUUUCAUCACAGACUCUAUUGCAAAGCAGAUUCUCUCCUAUUUGUUUCAUUCUUGGAUGGUCCCUGCUGUCAGGGUAAACUUCUAUGAUGCAGAUGAGCUUAAGUCUGAAGUGUCAUGGAUACCUAAUAAACACUACUCUGGUAUCUACGGACUAAUGAAACUGGUGCUCACCAAGACGCUGCCCAUGAAUCUGCGCAGGGUCAUUGUUCUUGACACGGAUAUCACUUUUGCCACUGACAUUGCUGAGCUCUGGGCUGUCUUUCACAAGUUUAAAGGUCAGCAGGUUCUGGGUCUAGUAGAGAACCAGAGUGACUGGUAUCUGGGGAAUCUCUGGAAGAACCAUCGACCCUGGCCAGCACUAGGUAGAGGUUUCAACACUGGGGUUAUUUUACUUCUCCUGGAUCGGUUACGGAAGGUCAGAUGGGAGCAGAUGUGGAGACUGACUGCAGAAAGAGAACUAAUGAGCAUGCUGUCCACCUCAUUGGCAGACCAGGACAUCUUUAAUGCAGUGAUCAAGCAGAACCCGUUCCUUGUUUACCAGCUGCCCUGCUAUUGGAACGUUCAACUGUCAGACCACACACGCUCUGAAAAAUGCUACAAAGAUGUAUCAGACCUGAAGGUGAUCCAUUGGAACUCCCCCAAGAAGCUACGAGUCAAAAAUAAGCAUGUUGAGUUCUUUCGAAAUCUUUAUCUUACUUUUCUGGAGUAUGAUGGUAACCUACUGCGACGGGAGCUGUUUGGCUGUCCAAGCGAGGCUGACCCCAACAGUGAAAAUCUACAAAAGACUCUUUCAGAGCUUGAUGAAGAUGACCCCUGUUACGAGUUUCGGCGAGAGAGAUUUACAGUUCAUCGAACGCAUCUUUACUUUCUCCACUAUGAGUAUGAGCCCAGUUCUGACCAAAGUGAUGUCACUCUUGUUGCCCAGCUAUCUAUGGACAGGCUCCAGAUGUUAGAGGCUAUCUGUAAGCACUGGGAAGGCCCCAUCAGUUUGGCCCUAUACCUUUCAGAUGCUGAGGCACAGCAGUUCUUGCGAUAUGCACAAGGAUCUGAGGUGCUGAUGGGCCGCGGAAAUGUAGGUUACCAUGUAGUCUACAAAGAGGGGCAAUUCUAUCCGGUCAAUCUCCUGCGAAACGUGGCCAUGCAGCAAGUCAACACAAACUAUAUGUUCCUAUCAGACAUUGAUUUCCUCCCCAUGUAUGGCCUCUAUGAGUAUCUCAGGAAAUCAGUGGUACAGCUUGACAUGGCCAACAACAAAAAAGCCCUAGUAGUUCCAGCCUUUGAGACUCUGCGAUAUCGCCUCUCCUUCCCAAAGUCUAAGGCAGAAUUACUCUCCCAGCUGGACAUGGGCACACUCUUCACCUUUAGAUACCACGUGUGGACCAAAGGCCAUGCGCCAACUAACUUUGCCAAAUGGCGGACAGCCACCACACCUUACAAAGUGCUGUGGGAGGCCGACUUUGAGCCCUAUGUGAUGGUGAAGAGAGACAGUCCUGAGUAUGACCGCCGUUUUGUGGGCUUUGGCUGGAACAAGGUGGCUCAUAUCAUGGAGCUUGAUGCACAGGAGUAUGAGUUUGUGGUCCUGCCAAAUGCCUAUAUGAUCCAUAUGCCCCAUGCUCCCAGCUUCGACAUCACAAAGUUUCGCUCCAAUAAGCAGUACCGGGUCUGCCUUAAGACCCUGAAGGAGGAGUUUCAGCAGAACAUGUCUCGUCGCUUUGGCUUUGCUGCUCUGAAGUACAUGACAGCUGAAAAUAACAGUUAGUCAGCACUCCAGGCUCAAGGUCCUCUGGAGCAGAACUACUCAAAAUGUUCAUGGAGUAGGAAAGUUAAACACAAUUGAAUUACUUAAAUGGGGUCCUUUGGAUUUUGUAAGACUUCAGAACCUGAGACUUUAAAAGAAGAUUUUAGCCUGAGCAACCUUGACUUCAUAUUUUAUCUUUUUGUGUGAGUAGAAGUGAUGAUUAUUGAGGAUUGCACUAAUAAUAGCUCUUUUGUGGUGACAGACUGUGUGGGCCAACUGUGCAGUCCAUCAUGCACUUCGAAAGAAGAGGAGAGAAUUAAUGUCUUAUCACGUUUCUAAGACCACUGACAGAUUUUGUGGCUGUAAAAUAAUAUUGUGAGUGUGUGUAUCUUUCCUUCAGGACAGAGCUUAGGAAGAGCCGUUGAAAGAGAGGAAUUGAAGAAACCACCACAGUUUAACUAAUAGAAGGCCAGAUGAAGCAAAGCAGGAAAUACGUCCCAAUAGAUCAGAAAUCUCUGGAGGUUUUUUCUCUCAUUUUGAAUCAGACAUUAGUGUUUUCUUCCCUUUACAAUGCUGUGAGGUGCCACCAUUACAAACUGGGGUAGGAUAUUUUAAGAUGGCUGUGUUAUGAUUUUAGCUAGCUUGGUCAUUGCCUUCCUGUGCAUUUUCGCUCAAAAAAGUUUUUGCUUCCAGCACAGUCUAGUAUUGCUCCCCUUGAACCUGGUCGAUUUUUGACUAGGGUCAAACAAAAGAAGUUCACCACAAAAUUAAUAACAUCGAUUUUGGUUUGGUUGAUGUUUUAUAAUUGUAGUUUUAGCAAUGGCAGCAGAGGAAGUGAAGAAAGCCGUUCAGUCCAUAUUGGCCACAAUUCCAAAAACUGAAUGAACAUUAACAGCCGAAUCAUUCGGAUCGGCACGUCUCUCUUCACAGUGGUCAAUGGUUGUUGCUGGCAACUUCCGGUUAGCUUCUUAGUGUCAAACUGAGAGCAUUACAUACGCAAAUGUUAGCGAUUGGAUGAAAUUUAAAACCUUAGCACAGGGUUGCCUCCAGGAAGCAAUCAUUUCUCAACAGCCAAGAGCUGUUGAGAAUUGAACAGCUUAUUUCAACAUUUUAACAGUAGUAUACUGUAUGAAGCAAAGUAUAGUAGAAGAGAAACUGGUUUUUACCCAGGCCAGGUUUAGGUGCAGCUCAGCUGAAUGCAUAGACCAACAUGAUGUAUGAGCCAAAACAUGCUGGG